AUGGACACGUUCGAUCCUGCGGAUUUGCCCGAGCUUCUUAAAAUUUAUUACCGGAGACUCUUUCCCUACCCCCAGUACUAUCGCUGGCUCAACUAUGGCGGAGUGACGAAGAAUUACUUUCAACACCGUGAAUUUUCAUUCACACUGAAGGAUGAUAUUUACAUUCGCUACCAAUCCUUCAACAACCAGAAUGAAUAUUAUAUCCUCUUCUUUCAUGGCUCCCUUAUUGUGAUGGAGCACCUUUUCCAGGAGCUUCCUAAGAGCCAAAAUAAACAGAUUUUACCAAUAUGGCAGCUCUUACAAAAACUGAUAAAUCCUUUGAAUCUGCAGCCCAGUCAAUACAAUACAGUAAAGCUGGGAGCCUUCCAGGCUCAGGAAAAAGAACUGGUAUUUGACAUCGACAUGACCGACUAUGAUGAUGUGAGGAGAUGUUGUAGUUCUGCAGACAUAUGUUCUAAGUGUUGGACCCUCAUGACAAUGGCCAUGCUUAUCAUCGACAGAGCAUUAAAGGAGGACUUUGGAUUUAAGCAUCGUCUCUGGGUUUAUUCUGGAAGGAGAGGUGUUCAUUGUUGGGUCUGUGAUGAAUCAGUUAGAAAACUGUCCUCUGCAGUGCGUUCCGGAAUAGUUGAGUAUUUGAGUCUUGUAAAGGGUGGUUCAGAAGUUAAGAAGAAAGUUCACCUCAGUGAAAAAGUACACCCUUUUGUCAGGAGAUCUAUAAACAUAAUUAAAAAAUACUUUGAAGAAUAUGCCUUGGUUGGUCAAGAUAUUCUUGAAAAUAAAGAAAACUGGGAUAAGAUUUUAGCCCUUGUUCCUGAAACGAUUCAUGAUGAACUUCAGCAAGGCUUCCAAAAAUGUCACAAUUCACUUCAGCGAUGGGAAUAUUUGAGGAAAAUAACCAGUAAAUAUCAGAGUCACAUCAAGAAUGACAAAUAUGGGCCCUGGACAGAAUGGGAGAUCAUGCUCCAGUACUGCUUUCCUCGGUUGGAUAUUAAUGUUAGCAAAGGAAUCAAUCAUUUGCUGAAGAGCCCUUUUAGUGUUCAUCCUAAAACAGGUCGAAUUUCUGUUCCUAUUGAUUUACAUAAACUCGAACAGUUUGAUCCAUUUGCUGUUCCAACCAUCAGUUCUAUCUGCCAUGAACUGAAUAUCAUCUCCACUAAUGAAGAGGAAAAUGAAGCUGAAUCUGAUGUUAAACGUAGAACUAGAGAUUAUAAGAAGACUGGUCUAGCUCCUUAUGUGCAAGUUUUUGAGCAGUUUCUUGAAAGACUGGAUAUGUCCCGAAAAGGAGAGCUUCUUAAGAAAAGUGAUUUACAGAAAGAUUUCUGA